CCGUCCCGUCGUGCCCCGCGCCAAGAUGGCGGCGGCGGUGGCGCUCCUGUCGCUGCUGCUCGGAGCGGCGGCGGCGUUCGGGGGCGGCGGGAACUGCCGCGGAGGCCCCGGGACGAGGCCCGGUGACGCCGAUCCCUGCAGCGUUUCAUUACCUUUGGAGCAUUCCUUUGAGCUCGAUGACACCCCCAGAUUCCGAAAACGGGGGUCACUCCUCUGGACCCCCGGCUCCGAACCCGCUCUGACGCUCACGCAGCGACCACUCGGCGAGGACGAACGCAUCCAACUCCGGGAGGUGGCGGUUCGAGAUGGGCUUUACCGCAUCCGUAUCCCUCGGAAACCGUCGGCGCCCGGAGAGGAGAGCACUGAGUUUGUUACUUCCUUCAUCCGAGCGUGCUCGCUGCUGGAGUCGCGCCUCUCGGAGCAGCUGACGCUCCACGUGGACGUCGCCGGUAACGUGGUGGCCGUGGCGUUGGUGGCCGUGCCGGGGACGUGUCACGGUCACCACGUGGACGACGCCGACCUGGAGAGCUUCAACACUUCCGUGGCUUUGAGGCAGCCGCUGCCCGCCGCCACCCCGGAGACAGCGGCCUUUAUCCGCCACCUGGAGCAGGAGCAGGCGCAGCGCGCCCGGAACCCCCAGGAGCAGAAAUCCUUCUUCGCUAAAUACUGGAUGUACAUCGUCCCCAUCGUCCUCUUCCUGAUGAUGUCCGGAGCCCCCGACGCGGGGGGGGCACAGGGGGUGGGGGGAGGCGGAGCGGGGGGUGGGGGGGGGACGGGGGGCAGGUGA